CACUCGACCCCACCUCACCCCCCGCCCUCGCCCUCGCCCUCGCCGCCGACGACCCGCCGAGAUCCGCCUCCUCCCCCGACCACCAUGCCGGUGGCGCAGGACCCCGUCGGCGCGGCCGCAGGCGCGGAGACCGCCUCCUCCCGCAGGAACCGCCGCCGCAACAAGAAGUCCUCCGGCGCCGCCAACGCCAACGCCAACGCCAACGCCAACGCGGCCCCCGUGGUCGCCGUCCCGGUGCCGGUGCCGGCGCCGCCCACGCCGAUGCAGCGCCUCUUCGACACCAGCCGCGAGGUCUUCGCCGGCUCCGCCCCCGGCUUCGUCCCGCCGCCCGACGCCGUCGCCCGCCUCGCCGCAAUCCUCAAUAAUCUGAAUCUGCAAGAUGUUGGCAUAGACACAAGCAUGACGUGCUUCAAGCGCAGCGACUCGAGGGCGCCUCCUGCAGUCACCUAUCUGCAUUUCUACGACUGCCCCAAGUUCUCGUUUGGUAUCUUCUGUUUGCCCAAGCAUGCCGUCAUUCCCCUGCACAACCAUCCCGGGAUGACGGUCUUCAGCAAGAUGCUCUUUGGCUCGAUGCACCUCAAGUCGUAUGACUGGGCCAGAAGCAUCUCGGAGGCCGGCACUACUGCGCUCACCACCUCAGACGGGGCUCGUCUCGCAAAGAUCAACACAAACAAUGUUGUUGACGCCUCAGCGGAGACCAUCGUUCUGUACCCGGAGAAUGGAGGCAACCUGCACUGCUUCACCGCGCUGACCCCUUGCGCUGUUCUCGACGUCAUGGGACCCCCUUACAACAGCGCUGCUGGUAGGGACUGCGCGUACUACAGCGAGUCCCCGUUUGCAAACACAGCCGGUGUGGCUGACGUGCGGUACUCCUGGCUGAAGGAGAUCCCCAACAACUUCCGGAUGAAGGGCGUAACGAUGCCGCGGGACUUCGUCGUCUAGGAAGAAGCAUUGACCAUUGUUACCGGUCGUCUGAAGGGCGCUCCGUCCGUCUAGCUUCUUUGUGUAGAUAACAGUUGUAACCUGCGAAAGGCAGGCAGUUGUCAGUUGUCAGUCAGUCCAACCUAGCUCUCAGGCUAGCAAACUCUUUUUUUACCCUUACCCGUGUUCGUCGGGGUUGAAACUAUCUCAUGUCGUCUGUCUGUCGUUAUCUUGUCUUGUGUUGCGAUUUUCUUGUGGUUCUGGCGUGCGGGGGGCAUGGUCGCUCUUUCUUGUUACCCUGUUGUACAGGCACCCGUGCUGUUGGUGCAGCACGAGUGUUUUUUAUGGUGACCAUGCAUGUACCCAAUCAGCCCAGACCGCUGUUGAAAUAUCAUUUGUUUCAUCAUUGUU